ACAUCUUCAUUCUUUUUUCAUUAUUAUAUUUUUGAUUAAAAAAAGCAGAAAAUUUUAUUAUUAUUUUCUCAAUUUUUUUUUGUCUGUUUGUUUGAAAUGUAUUUGUUCGUAGCAUUAUUUUGAUCGACGUGCGGUUCUCGUGUGUUUUUGAUAUUUGUAUUGACCAAAAAAUUCUCAUCGAUCGAAUCAAUCUUCUUUUUUUCAAAAAUGAUGGAAUUAAGAUCCAACUUAUUGCAACAACAAUUACCAUUGGUAUCAUCAAUAUCAAUAUCACCAUCAUCAUCAAUAUCAACAUCGAAUGUUGUUGGUAGUAAAUCCAAUUCAACGACAAUUAUGGCUGAUUCUACAUCAGCUAUAAAUAUUAGUAGUAAUAGUAGUAAUAAUGGUCAUUUAGAAUCGGAUUCAUUAUUUUACGAAAAAGAUCUUAAAGUGGACAAAAAAAUAUUGGCUAUUAUGAAUCAAGGUGGCAAUGAUACUCAUCCAUCGUUGAACAAAUUCUUAUCUCGUAUAUCGAUUGAAACAAAUUGCCAUGUAGAUGUAUCGAAUUCGUUAAGAGAUCGACAAGGUAAUGAAAUACCGGUGCUUAAAGUGAGAGCAAAUAAUCCAAAAAGUUUAGAGGUUGCAUCCGCUCUUAUUAUGGAACGAUUGGAUCCUCAUCGUGACAAAAUGACAUUCAAUAUCGACGUGCCCUAUAAUGACCAUUCAUAUAUAAUUGGCAAAGAUGGUACCCGUAUAAAACAAUUAUCUCGUAUGACCGGUUGCCAUAUACAUUUGCCUGAUUGCAAUAAAACAAGUAAUAAAAAAUCCAAUAAAUUAUCUAUUGCUGGUACAGAGUUUACUGCUAUUGAUAAAGCUCGUGAUCAGAUUCGAAAAUCAUUACCAUUGAAUAUUGGAUUCAAAGCUCAGAUUAAAUCGGGAAAAUUUGUUCGAAUUGAUACGGCAAGCGCUGAAGUACAGGCUGUAAAACGUAAAUAUCGUGUUGAUGUAACAUUUACCAAUGUUGUUUCGGAUACUCGUUGUCCGGAAGUGACAAUCAACGUUAAAGGUGGUCGCGCACAACUUGAAGAAAUUGAAGCAGCCACUCGUGAAUUGUAUCAAUUUGUAACCGAAGAAGAAUUUGAACCUAAUCAUUCACCUGUAAUGUUUGCAAUAACAAUCGAUAUAAGCCAUUCACAUCAUCAAUAUGUGAAAGGAAAGAAUAAUUGCAAUCUUAAAGUCAUUAAUUCACGAUCUCAUGCUACGAUUUUAUUUCCACCGCAUGAAUCGAAUAGCAAUCAGGUGAUCAUACAAAGUAGACAUCUGCUAUCAACAGUAAUGGGUUGGCAAGAAUUGAUGGGCUAUUUACCAUUGUUAUUAUCAUUCGAUGUUAAUUUCGAUAUUAAUGCUCAUCAAUCUCGUUUACAAAGAUUGGAAAAAGAAUUCGGUGUUGGUAUUCGUACACGGGAAAAAUUAUCAGGUCAUGUUUAUACGGUUCUGAUUAAAACUCAGGAACGUCAUUCGACUUAUCUACAGGAGAUCAGACAAAGAAUCUUGAAUUUCAAGUCGGAUAAUGAAAAUCAAAUCAACGAAAACAAAGCUGUCUUGGCAUUAGCUACUAUUGAUCAUCAUCAACAACAGCAGCGGCAAGAAUUAGCGGCCAGUAUUGCCAAUCCGAUGAUAUCCAAUCGUGGUUUGAUGAAUUUGUCAACAACACCUUAUGCAUUUUCAUCAAAUGUUUUACAGCCAAUGAUUGACAAUAAUAUGAAAACGAUCAAAUCUAAUCGUUCGAAUUCGAAUUUCCAAUCAAUCAACAACAAUGGUUUUCAUGAUCAUUCAUCGAAUUGUCCAACAUGUCAUACAAAUUGUAUAGCCGGAUUUUCGGGCAACGAUACAAGUUUGAAAUCUUUGGAUGAAUCAUUACCAUUCUGUCAACCAUCAUCAUCAACAACAUCUUUUAAUCCAUUUAAUUUUCGUGAAAGUAUUGAACUUUCUCCCGGUAAACCAAUAACUUUUGGCGAUAAAUUGAAUUCAUUUAAUCCGAUAGGUAAUAUUUCUAAUGGUGGUAAUAAUAGCAGUAUAUAUUCGACAACUAAUGUUAAUGGCCAUCAAUCAACAUCAGCAUUCGGUUUCAAUCGAUCAUCAAUAGGAACAUCAUCGACAAAUCAUAAAUCAUCAUGGCCAUCAUUGGUAACAACAAAUGGUAUUGGCAAUAACACUAAUAACAAUUAUAUUCACCAACAUAACGAUCAUUUUUAUAAUCAUCAUCAUCAAAAUAAUAAUGAUUAUUUAUAUAAUCAAAUUCAAUCAAGUUAUUUAAAAUGUUCAGCAUACGAUGAUACGAUGAGCAAUAUGAAAAGUUAUUCAACUGUUUUUAAAUAAUGUACCUUGCGGAAAAAAUCAUUUUUUUGGUGGAGCUACGAAAAUUUAGAUUUGGCCAAUAUUGAUCAUCUUUUUUUUGAAACCAUUU